AUGGCAGAAACAGCAACCGCGGAAUGUCUCUCAGAUGAUCAAAUCGAGCAGCUUCUUAGAGAAGCCGAGGAAAGAUUAAAUGCGAAACAUCAAGGACAAGAUGAGAAAGCUGUUGCCGCACCCAACAAGUCGGACGUCGUAAAGGCCUCCAAACCAGACUUCCCAGCACCGAAGGCAGCCUCUCUAGUCUCUUCCAAGGACAAAGUAAAGCCUGAAGGGUUGUCGGUAAGAGUACCUGAGGUUCGGAGGCCGAAGCAAGAAAUGGCUGUCAAGGCAGAUGCUGGACCCUCAUGGUUUAAUCUCCCCCGGACUGAUCUUACUCCCCAACUCAAAAAGGAUCUACAAUUACUACGCAUGCGCGAUGUUUUAGACUCUAAGCGAUUUUACCGUAAGGAUAGCUCCAGAGCUUUAGUGCCACAGUUUUCCUCAGUCGGGACUAUAGUUGAGGGGCCAACCGACUUCUUCAACGCUAGAUUAACUAAGAAGGAGAGGAAGCGCACUCUUCUCGAAGAAGUCCUGGAGACUGAAGACUCCACUCGGAGAUUCAAGAACAAGUAUGGCCAGAUCCAAGAUGUAAAGACGAGUGGUAAGAAGGGCCACUACAAGCAGAUGAUGGAAAAGCGAUAUGGUCGCAAAAGCCGAGGGUGA